UAACAAUAUGUACCGAGUAGACUUUGAUGGACUCAAAAAGAUACCACGAGAGGUGGGGAAAAAAGUGUCCUCUCUCUCCCCAGUUACAGCUUUCCUCUCUUCUCUCGCCGCACAUUUCAGUUCUCAGCCCAGCUGGGACAAGAGUGAGGGGGUCUGGCUCUCAUCCUGGGGCGGGGGGUGUUGGGAAAGAGGCUCCUGGGGGCGUGCUCCCGCCUGGAGGAGUCAGACGUCUCCUGUCCUUCAUCCGUUCCACCCUUCCCUGGAAACUCCUCCACUCACUGGUGUUCCCGCCAUCAGCUCCUCCUCCCCGGCCCUCAGUUGCGCCCCCACUCUUCUCCUUUUCGGGACAAUGAAGAGAUGCCCUGUGGUAGAAUCUGCGCCCGAGUCCCCGUUCCAGGAGGAAGAGAGAAUGUCCUCCAGAAAGACGCAGCGGACUCCCUGUGCCGUUGCAAGGGACCAAGGUGGGAGACCAUGGGGGGCCUGGGGUCUCUGCCCUCUCCUCCUCCAGGGAAUGAGCCCUGUCCCUCCGUGCUCGGAGCCCUGCCUCUGUGGGUGCAGCCUGAAGACGAAGGUGGUGCUGCACCCCAGGCCCCCUUCCGCGCCUCGGCCGGCCUCUGGGGCGCUGCCCAGCUUGCCAUCAGGGAGGAAGCCGCCGUCUCCGACACUGGUUGUCUUCAAGGCUCAGCUCUCCCACAGCUCCUCAAAGCCCAAGGCCAAGGCCGCGUCCCAGCUGUUGUCUCGGGGCAGGUCAAGCCCCUCCUGCAAUGCCACGUGCCUGCACAAUCUGGUGCUCAUGGGCGUGUGGCCCGAGAGAUUUAUUGACGCAUUCUCCAAGUCCUUGCCGAAGGAGUCCCUGCACAUCUCCAACCACAAUGAACGGAGCCUUAUCCCCAGCCAGGACGCCAUGUCCUCAGUGAUGUCACUUGUGGAAGGUGACAAGUCUUUUCUACCACCCUUAUUUAAAUGAAAAUGUAUUUAGUCAA